AUGCAGCUUCGUCUUAAAGGUGACAUUUGCCGCCUCCAGGCGAUUGCCUACAACGCGCAGAAGCACUUUUUCGCCUGGCUGCGUCUCCAUUACGCCGGGAGCGCCCGCAAGGCUUUUCUGCAGACGUUCGGCCUGAGGGCGUUUCGCAACGGCGUGGAGGAAGGCUAUAAGCUGAGAGCUAUUGCUGAAGCCGUCUACUGUCGGUUCCUCAAGAUUCGAACACUGCGAGCUUUUGCGCAGUUCCGGCUUCUUCAAGAGCAGGCACAAGCCGCCGAAGCGGUAGCCACACGACGCUAUACGCGCUCCCUGCUACGAAAAGGCAUGAAGGGCUGGCGCAAAUGGCAUGCAUAUAUCGGGGCAUGCUCCAAGCUCCUCAUGGUCGCUUCGCAGCUUAACGCGUCCCGACACCAGGAUACGUUGUUGACGGUUUUACGGGCGUGGAGGGAGGCUGCGAUCCGGUCUGAGACUGAAUACUCCCGACUGGUGGCGCUCGCACUGCCGCGCCGCGUAAAAGCGGCAUUCAGGAAGUGGUUGCGAUGGGCGAGACUAUCAAGUUGGCUGCGAGAGAAGAGGCGACUCCAUGCCCAGAGCCAGACAGCUGAGCUAUUUCGAAGGUGGAGAUCGCUAUCCCAGGAGAGCACGACUGCAGGAAAAACCAUUCAGAGAGACAUCUCGUUUUCCUUGAACGAAAAGAGGAAAAUACGUCUCGCCGCGGCAGUCAGAUCUUGGCGAGCGCUUGCGAGUGGGCGGGCAUCAGCAAGACGAGCUUACAACGCAUGCCUCACAGAGCGGAAACGGAAGCUUUUCACACAUCUGAGAGAAGUCGCAUUCCUCUGGGGUGUCCAGCGGGACUUGGCGAGGGAAAAGGCUCUGCGUUACGCACAGAAUGUGUUGCUCUACUGGCAUCGCCUGACGCGGCGACGGAAGCGUGAGCGUUUUGUCCUUCGGUGCCUCGUGACCUCACGCGACGAGAAAGUUCUCACUGCUGCGUGGCGAGACUGGAAGCGCGCGGCCACGUUCAAUCGGCUGGCGACGGACUUUGGCGACAGGCGCAUCGCAGUUAGAGCCUUCAACUCUUGGAAGCUCUUGAGCGCGCAGCGGAGACGUCUGCAGAAAAGCUCAGCCUACUUUGUCGCCAGGGCGGCUGCGAACUGGCAGCGGCAACGAUUCGAGCAAUGGGCUGCGCUCGUGCGAUUCAGAAGAUCGGCAAAAUUUCAGGUUUUCUCGCUCUGGAGACAGGCCGCCCGGAUUCGCAGGCACCACCGAGCGGUCGCGGCGCACGUGGCGGCUCGGAAGGACCGAAACACGCUGGGCACUCUCUGGCGAGCCUGGCGGGAACAACUCGCUGAGGCGGAGCAGGUGCGCACAUUCCAGUUGCGGCAGCAGGGCCGGAAGGUGCUGGGAGCCCUUAUCGCGUACUUUGAAUACCGCGAGGCGAAGCGGGCUCGAGACGAGGACAUCCUCAGUGCGUGGGCCAAGGCGACUACCGAGAAGCUCCUUCACGUGUGGAGUGAGGCGGCGCAUUACAGAUGGAGGCUGAGAACCGCGUACAAUCAAGUCGUAUCUCAUCGCAGACACUCCGUUCUUCUCUCGUUCUUUACCGUCUGGCUGCAUGAGACGGAGUUCGCGCUCUCGUGUGGAGGCACGAUGACCAGCGGAGGCGGAUGCGCGCCCGCGUCACCAACCGGCGCGACACAGACCAGCGGGUUCUGGACUGCCGAUCGCCCCGCGCUCUCAGAAAUGACAGAGUCGGGUGUGGCGGUAGAGGACGCGGUGCAGGCGCGUUUGAAGAAACAUCUCAGCAACGCACCUACGACGUCCAUUUGGAACCACAGGAAAGAAAGCGAUGCCGCACAAGUCGCGGCUUCGCCUGCGGCGUCAUCCGGAGAGAACAGCACAGACACAUCCCGGCCCUCUUGGUCGCCGACUCUGGAAAGAGCGUCUUGGGGAUCAUCUCCUAUCCGCGUUCAAACACUCCGCCCAUUCACGGGGCUUAAAACGCAUGAUCUGGCGGGUCCCGAGAGGGAGUCUAGGAAGGGGGGACAGGCAUCGAGUCUACAACUGACACCUUUCCGCAAACGGCAGAGUGGAAGCCUUCUGCAAGCCUUCGCAGCGUGGAGGCGGUUGGCAGAGCAGAGUAGAGACGCGUCAGAGCUUCGCAGAUCGGGAGACGAACGAGAAAGGACGGAAACGCGUCACAGGACUAAGCAGCGUGUGCCGUUCAUCCGCAGGGCUUCCGACCCUCACUGGCUCGAGACAGACGCCGCGCGCCUCGCAUACAAAAAGGCGCACUGUUUUCGCGUGGUGAAAGUGCAGCAGCGGGGGUUUCGUACUUGGCGGGCUUUUAUGAGCACAAAACACUGCAUUGUGACUCGACUUCAGGAUGAGUUCCGAGCUGUGCGAGCAAUGCGAAAGUGGAAAGCUGCCUUCGCACGGCGAAAGACGUUGCACGCCCUCGCGCAUGUCCAGUGUCAUUACUUGCAGGAUAUUGAGCACCCCAAACCAUCGCGGGGAUACCCGUCUGAAUGA